UAUAAAUAUAUGUAUGUAUGUAUGUGUGUGUGCAUUCGUGUCUUGCUGUGCGUGAGUGUGUGCGUCCAUAGCUGUCCCCUGUGAAUUCCAUCCAUCCAGUCUACACACAUAUAGUUAUAUAUAUAUGUGUAUAUGUAUGCCUGUAUAUUUAUAUAACUCGAUCUGAACGAUUGACGUCAACAACUAAUUAAUGCCACACUUUUGUAUGCGUCUAUCGAACAAUCGACGCUCGAACUGAAACAAAACAAUCGAUAUCGAUAACAACAAUUGCAUCAACAAAUCAACAAUCGACUCGUUACAAAAUGGCGGACAUCAUGCGUCCGCCGUUCAGCGACAUUAAGCGGCCCGACGAAAUCGUCAGAAUGACAACCGCCGAUAAUCUGAAAUUUGCCGUCCUCAUCGGCCUCAUCGAGGUCGGCCAGGUGACCAAUCGGGAGGUGGUCAACACUGUUUUACAUUUGGUGAGUAGACGUAUGCGUAUUUGGCAUAUUCAAUUCCCAAACAUCGCUCUCAUGUGCACAUGUACCCACUCCCAUAUAGUUGGUAAGUAG